GGAGAAAAGUAUCGGCGCUCUCUGGUUCCAAAUGCUGGCUCAGCCCUGCUUUAGCACCGACUCGGAGUGCAGGGCUCUCUGUCUCUAGGCUGGCAGUGUGCGGUAGGAGUUAGAUCAAGCAGCCAAGAUGUCAAAGAGCGACCCCAGGGACAUUGACGAGGAUGCCAUCCUCAAGGGGCUCAGCGCAGAGGAGCUGGAGCAGCUCGAGUAUGAGCUGCAGGAGAUGGACCCCGAGAAUGCGAUGCUUCCAGCUGGCUUCCGUCAGCACGAUCAGACCAAAAAGAGUCCAACAGGGCCGUUUGACCGCCCCGCUCUCCUAGAUCAUCUGGAGAAACAGGCUCUGGAACACGAGGACCGGGAAGACCUGGUUCCUUUCACCGGGGAAAAGAGAGGAAAGAAAUUUAUCCCCAAACCUGGAUCAGGACAGAUCCCUAUUGAGGAGCAGAUCACCCUGGAGCCAGAGCUGGAAGAAGCUCUGAAAAACGCUACAGACGCCGAAAUGUGUGACAUUGCAGCCAUCCUGGGAAUGUACACACUGAUGAGCAACAAGCAGUAUUAUGAUGCCCUCGGUGUCACUGGCAAGAUCGCCAACACAGAAGGCAUUAACAGUGUAGUGAAGCCUGAUGUGUAUAAAAUCUACCCUGAUGAGCCUCCUAAUGACACAGAUGUUGAGGACACUCUGCACAGGAUCCAGAAAAAUGACAGCGGCCUGACAGAUGUUAACCUCAACAACAUCGCAGAUAUUCCCAUCCCCACGCUGAAGGAGAUCUUCCAGGCUAUGAAGAGCAACACUCAUGUACUGAGCUUGAGCAUUGCUGCUACACGCAGUAACGAUCCUGUGGCCUAUGCCGUAGCUGAAAUGUUAACAGGAAACACCACACUGCAGAGUCUAAACAUCGAGUCCAACUUCAUUACUGCAGAGGGAAUGAUGGCGAUCAUUAAAGCCUUGUCUGGAAACACCACUCUAGCUGAAAUCAAGAUAGACAACCAGAGGCAGAAGCUCGGAGACUCUGUAGAGAUGGAAAUUGCUUCCAUGUUGGAAAACAACGCAUGCAUCCUAAAGAUCGGCUACCACUUUACCCAGCAGGGCCCCCGUGCCAGAGCAGCCAUGGCCAUCACAAGAAAUAACGACUACUUUCGCCAGCAGAGGGUGGGAUGAUCAUCUCGCCAGCCACAAAGCCAGCCGGUGACACAGACACACAGACUACCCUGCAAUGCCAAUUAACCAUGAAUUCAUCUUUAAUUGUGGAUAUCAUUAACUUCAGCCCUGCUCUGUGUAUUGUAAACCCUGAAUUUCAUCAAGUCCUUUGUGUUCUCAACUAAUAAAAGUCUCGUGCCAUUAA